GUUGAAUAUUUUUCUGUAUUUUUGCAAAUAGUGCUAAACCAUUUUCUAAGUUUCGUAACGAGAACCACGCUGCUUGCCAUUUUUGUCAUUUAUUUAAGUAUUACUAACUAGAGUAAAACUUAAAUCUUCUUAAUUUGGUUCUCACAAAAUCGUGUGACUGAAGUACGAUGGCAUGAAGUGUUCAAUCACUUUGAACAUAUGCUAGAAUUAAGUCCAAUUACGUCCAUUUACGUCCACCAAAAACAUAAUUGUGUCCUACUUCCUAUGGCUGGAUAUAGCAGGUUCCAUUUUUGGGUGUUUUGCCGUCGUACUAUAGUCACACACAAAAUCUAGCUAAUUGCAUAUUAUAUUGUCAAAACCCUAAUCAUAUUUACGAUUGAUAAUACAAAGAAUCUUCAGCUUUAGCUCAUAAGAAUCAGUCAAGAAUUCUGGAGGACUCACUUUUGAUUUGAUGUCAAUUAUACCUACAAUCCUUAAAACAUUUCGAUUAAUUAAACUAAAGGAAACCUAAGAAAAAAAGCUUUAAGCUUUAAGAAUAUUCGAAAGACACAAAUUUAAAAAUAUAAAAAUAUAAAGAAUAAUUUGACAAAUGUAGUCAAGUUUAUCGACCUGUUUCACUUAAGUGGAUUAACCUUGAUUUCAGAUUAUACAAUUCAUUUUUUUUUGGAAAUAUCACCAGGAUUUAAGAUACUAAGAGAUCUAAUGUGUGAUCUAGGAACCUUUCCGAAAAUGAGGAACCUCAUUUUGCUAAUUUAUUCACUGCAAAUAAUAUUUGCUAUAUCAAAUUCAUUGGCAAUAGAGAGGAAUGAAGGUCAACCGAUUAAUGAAUAUGGACCAGCGGAAGUGUAUAUUGAUCAACCAUUAGAUCAAGAAGAACAAGAGUUUGCGAAUAAACAAGUGAAUCGGUUACCAUUAGAAGAAGACGAAAAUGCACGAUUUAAACGAUCUCUGAAGAAAUAUAAAGUACUAGAAUCUCCUGGUUUACAUUCGCACUUUCAAAUUGUUCAGGAUGAGGAAAUUUUAAAAGUUAAUCCACAUCGUAGAAGAUAUCGAAGAAGUACAGAUAAAAUAAGUAAGAGUGAAUUACAUAGUGAUGAAGUUGAAGACCUCGAUAAUGUUGACAUGACAAAAAGUAAAAAUGAAGGAAGUGACUUCUCGAUUGAAAGUGUACCAAAUCCACAAAAGCAAGUUAGUAAUCCAGCUCAUUAUCGUUCUGAUGAUAGCCGUACUAUGGAUAAAUGGGUUAAAGCACCCUAUGGUGAUUUCCAAUCACGAGCUCGUAAAGAGGAAGAAGAUUCGCAUGGAGAAUCAUCAAGUAAUGUUGGAAUCAAAACUAGAACACCACGUGUGAAUUUCAUUACACAACAAGGUCAAAGUUCAGGUUCUGGAAAUAAAGAUGAUAUUCCAGAUGGUCCAGAAGCAAGAGAGCGUGAACGAGAACGCGAAAGGGAACGAGAUAGAGAUCAACAAAAUAAUAGCAACAAUAAUAAUAACAACAACAAUAAUAAUAAUAAGUAUGACAGCAAUAAGUAUGACAACAAGCAAGGAAAUUCAGAUGAUUCUUAUCGAAAACCUCCAAAUGACCGAUACUAUCCACCAUCAUAUAACAAAUAUGAUACCUAUGAUCGUCCAUCUCAUUAUCCUCCACAAUAUCCAUCACCAUAUCCACCAAAUUAUUAUAAUCGUGACUAUCCACCAACUUCUCAAUACAAUCCAUACUACGACAAAUAUAAUCCAUAUGAUAGAUAUUAUGACAGAUAUAAUGAAAGGAAUGGAAUGAUGCCACCACCAGGGAUGCAAAGGAUGACACCACCCGUUGGACCAUCAUCUAGUAUCUACUACAGACAUCAAUAUAAUGAAUAUGAUGACUACGUUCCUAGAUCAGUUCCAAAUUACUAUUAUUCAGAUAAAAGAUUUGAAAUGCCAAUGGAGUCACGUGAACCAUUUGAUCCAUACCGUCCAUACCUCUAUAAUAAUGAAGUAAGCAAGCCUGGCAGAAUAGUUUAUUAUGCUAAUUUACCUGACGUUGUAAGAACACCAAAUAAUUAUCGAUAUGCUUCAGCACGUUAUGCUGAUUCAGUACCAAAUUAUCGUGAUCCAAACUACUAUUAUGAUCGUGAUGAUUAUGCUGCACGAACUGCAAAAUCUGUAAAUUAUCGUGAUGUCCCAGCAUCGACUACAAUGAGAGUUUCAAGUACUCCUGUUAGGUCUGGGACUGUAAGAGACGCCUCAUAUUACGGAUAAAUAAUUUUUCAAUUUUAAAACCACACUUAAUUAAAAUUAAUUUUAUUUUGAUGGAGUUUGGGUAUCUGAAUGGGAUGAUAUAGUUUAGAGAAUACGUCAGAAUAAGUACUCCAUCAAAACACACCAGAAUUAAUGAUAUUGAUAAGAAUCAGGGUCAAAAGAUUGAGAUCCAGUAAAAAAAUAAUAAGAUUUAAAAGAAGUGAGUUGAGGAUAAGUGCAAAAGAUAAAUUUACAAAUUUUCCCUUAAAAAUAACUUUUUAUACUUAAUCGACAGCAUAAUUGUAAACAUUUUUUUUCUAAAUAAAGAAUCAUUUAAAUAAGAA